AUGCGACACUACCGCUGGGCACUACUCGCCAUACCCCUCGCGCCCACUCUGAUCCUCUCGGCUCCGCGCGCCCACGCCGUUAUGGCUUCCGCCUCCGGUCCGUCAACGUCAACGUCAGCGGUUGCUGAUCCGUCAAAGUUCGGCUACCGGUCGACGGCGGAAGAUGUGACGGCGGGCGUCGAUUUGAGCGGCAAAGUGGCAAUCGUAACGGCACUCGCGAAUUCCCCUUCCCGCGCGAACCUCGUCCUCGUGCCAAUGUUCUCCCCACGCGCGCAUGUCGCCCCUCUCUCUUUCCGCCGCGCUGAUUUCUUCUUCCUCCCCCUCUCCCGACACCCUUCUGGCGCGAAUUUCCUCCCUCCAGGCGGCAGCAGCGGCAUCGGCACGGAGACGGCGCGGGUGCUGGCGCUGCGAGGCGCGUCCGUGGUGCUCGCGGUGAGGAACACGGAGGCGGGGGAGGCCGCCAAAGCCGCCAUCAUCAAGGACAUCGAGGGGCGGAGCGCAGCGGCGGCGGGGGUUCCGGCGGCGGUGCGCGAGCGCGUGAGCGUGAUGCCGCUGGAUCUGGCGUCGCUCAAGUCGGUGCGCGCGUUCGCCGCGGAUUACUUGCGCCUUAACCGCCCGCUGCACCUGCUCAUGUACGCGCGGAGAUGGAGGGGGUGCGGGGGGGAGGGGAGGGGGUGCGGCGGGGAGGGGAGGGGGCGAGGGAGGGGGAGGGGCAACAAUGCGGGCGUGAUGAUAUGCCCGUUCAUGCUCACUGCGGACGGCCAUGAGAACCAGUUCGGCACCAAUCACGUGGGUGAGUGCAGGGAGGCAACCACGUGGGUGAGUGCAGGGAGGCAACCAGUGGGUGAGUGCAGGGAGGCAACCACGUGGGUGAGUGCAGGGAGGCAACCACGUGGGCGAGUGUAUGGGAGUAGCGACCAUGAGGGUGAGUGCAGGGGAGCAGCAAUGACGUGGGCUGAUCGCACCACACCUCCACUGCCUCCCUCUCCCCCUUUCUUCCGUCCCUCCGCCCCCCCUCCCCCCCUCUUCCCUUCCAUCCCUUUCCCCCCUUCCCCCGCACACAUCCCCCACCCAAUUGCAUCGCACGUCGUACCCCCUUUAGGCCACUUCCUGUUGACCAACCUGCUGCUGCCGAAGCUCAAGGAAACCGCCAAGCAGGAGGGCGCAGAGGCGCGCAUCGUGAUCGUGUCCUCCGCCGCCCACCAGUUCCCGUACCCGGGCGGCAUCCGUUUUGAUGCCAUCAACGCCAAGUAUGACUGUGAUUGCUCUGUACCCAGGGGUGAUCGACCCUCAACAGAGGCAAUCUCCGUUCUACUCACCAACACCCUCCCUCACCCUCCUUCUUCCCCUCUCUCCCCUUCCUGUCUCUCCCUUUAUGCAUGCGAGCAGGAGGAGGGUGCAGGAGUGACAGUGAACGCAUUGCACCCGGGGGUGAUUGACACCAACCUCUCACGCCACACAGUGCCGCCAGGGACCAUCUGGCACACCCUCGGACGGGGGGCGUACAGCCUGGUGUUCCAGUGGUUCAUGAAGACCAUUCCUCAG